AUGGCUACGAAGCUUGUGGUACUCGGUAUCCCCUGGGAUGUUGACACUGAAGGGUUACGAGAGUACAUGGCCAAGUUUGGACCCCUAGACGAUUGUGUUGUCAUGAAGGAGCGGUCUUCUGGGCGAUCUCGCGGGUUUGGCUAUGUAACAUUCGCCUCAGCUGACGAUGCAAAGAAUGUUCUUGAUUGCGAGCAUGUUCUUGGCAGCCGUACGUUAGAAGUGAAGAUAGCUACUCCAAAGGAAGAAAUGAAAUCACAAGGAACAAAGAAAGCUACAAGGAUAUUCGUUGCUCGAAUUCCACAAUCGGUGGACGAAUCGAUGUUUCGUAGGCAUUUUGAAGCUUUUGGAGAAAUUCUUGAUCUUUACAUGCCAAAGGAACAUGGUUCAAAAGGGCAUCGUGGAAUUGGGUUUAUCACGUUUCAGAGUGCAGAGUCUGUGGACAGCAUCAUGCAAGAGUCACAUGAGCUUGAUGGUACAACAGUAGUUGUUGAUCGCGCGACUCCGAAGGAUGAAGAUGUUAGAUACCCCCCGAGUAGGCCAUCUCAGGGUGGCUAUGGUGCAUAUAACGCAUACAUUUCAGCUGCUACCAGGUAUGCAGCUUUGGGUGCACCAACGCUGUAUGAUCAUCCUGGAUCAGCUUAUGGAAGAGGAUACUAUGGAUCCUCUCAAGCAGUGGGCAAGAAGAUAUUUGUUGGUAGACUUCCACAAGAAGCAAACACAGAUGACCUAAGGCAUUACUUUGGCAGAUUUGGUCGAAUCGUAGAUGCAUACAUUCCGAAGGACCCAAAAAGAAGUGGCCACCGAGGUUUUGGUUUUGUCACCUUCGCUGAUGAGGGUGUGGCAGAACGGGUAGCUCGUAGAAGCCAUGAAAUUCUAGGCCAUGAGGUUGCAAUAGACCCAGCUGCACCACUUGAGAAUGAUUCAGCUGUUGGUGGUUACAUUGAUCCCAUGGAUCUUUAUGGAGCUUAUGGUUCAAUGCGAUCCUUCGGCAGGUUCUGCGGCGGUCUAGAUUAUAAUCAUAAUUCUUUGCAAGUCGAGCAUCUUUGCACCAGGUUAAAGGUGCUGCUUCGAAGUAUCUCCUCCAACUUUGCCUUCUCCAUCAUCUCCGUGCUGGCGGUCGUGACGAUGUCGUACAACACCGGGUUGCGUUACACCGGACCGGCGUCCAUGACGCUGGGCUGGCUCGUUGUGGCGACCUUCAACGGCUGCGUCGCGCUGUCCAUGGAGGAGGCCUGCUCCGCCUACUCAACUUAA